AUGCAAUCAAAUGAUCAAAGAGUUGAUGAUAAAUCGACCAAUUCGAACAGACCAAGGUCAGGUUCCGCAUUAACAAAUUGGAAAAAGCAAGCAUACAAGCAAUAUCAACCAAAAUUUUUAAAUGAAUCAGAUACCUCAAAUUCAUCUUGUUCAAACAUUGUACCAUUACCAUCCAUAGAAUGUUUCCAACUACAAUACAUAUUGAAUGACAUACUACAGGCGGAAUCUCAACAAGUUAUUGAUGAUUUAUUGAAAGUCGCAACAAAUUAUCAAAAUGAUUUGAGGAAUGAAAUAAAGAGAAAUUUGUCAAUAGAACAGAAAAUUCAAUUCAAAAACAUAAGUAUAUGUAAAAAUAUUCAUUUGAUAUUUCAAACAAUUCAUCAACGAAAGAAAAAAUUGAAAAAGCAAUUUCAGACCAAUUCAAAAUUUAAUCAUUUGAUCAAGGAUCCGGAGGGGAAUAAAAGAAGCGAAAUCAAUCAACUAGUGAUAGAUAGUGUGGAGGUAAGCGCUAGAGUUAAAAGUACUAUACAUAGUUUACAACAGUUGGAGUCAAAAUUAUGUGCUGGGAAAAGUCUAUUAGAUCCUGAAAAAUAUCCCAAUUUAUGUAAACUCAUAAAUAAAACAGGAGUCACUAAAGAGGAGAACAAACAAUCUGAUCUGCAGGAAACAAAUGUUCUGCCUGAAAAUACUAUACAUACCCAAGAUAUAGAGGUGACCGGAACCAGUCGAAUAAAUGAUGAUGACGAUGAUUUACCACCUUCAAUUGAUCUUCUGCCCAAAAAUAGUAUUUGCUCACUGGAAGAGACUCAAAAAUCCACAUCAACAGAAAUCGAUGAAGAAGAAUAUUGUAAAAAUAAUUCAAUGAUGACGAUAACAAAAUCAUUAAAUCCACCAUCUAGCCCCAAAUCAGUCAACACUAUCACCAAUACCAACGAGGAUGAAAUUGAUCCACAUGAUUUUGAACAAUUUAUGUCCACCAGUAUAGCAAAUUACAGAACUUUACAAAGGCAAAAAAUUGAUGCAAUAAAACAUCGAAGUGUAUCAACGUCAAAUAAUGACUCAAUCGAAGAAGACGAUGUUGGUGAUAUGCUUAAUGUCAAUAGCAUUAUUGAAUUUCCUCCAAAACUGGUACUCCAUAAUAGCCCAUUGAAUCUUUUAUAUUCUCAAUUAAUGUCAAAUCCAAAGUAUAGAAGCACGAUAAUCCGAGAAAAUGAACCACCACCAAAAAAUACUGGCAGUAAUUACCCUUUCGCUUCAUUGAUAAACGCCAAAUCACCCGCCACAAUAAAAUCGACUGGUGAAAUUUCACAUUUCAAGAAGUUGAGAAUCAAUGGAAGUCCCUUAAAUACUGAACAUUAUAGAAAAGUUUUAGAAAAGGAGAGCAAAAUUAUAAUGAAUGAAGAUAAUGAUAAAGUUCCUGAUGUUGUGUUUGCUGAAAAUUUGCUUGAAACCUUAGUAACUGAUUCAGAAACUCGGCAAAAACCAAACAUUUUGAAUCAGAUUGAUGACAAUGAUAAAGAUGAGCUUUGGAACUCUUCGGGACUUACAAGUGAAGAUGAAUCAGAAGGGUUUAAUAACGACAAUGAGCAUUCAAGAACUUUCUUAGACAUCAACAAAUUUAAUUCAAAUUUUUCUUCAACAUCAGAUUCGGAAACAGAUUCUGAUGCAGACUAUGUCAACGGAAAAACUACCAACUUUACUGAUAUAAAUGAUAUACGAUUUACAAACAAAUAUUAUAGCAAUCUUGAAAAAGAUGUUCGACUAAACCAACAAUCAAGCAGAUAUGAGAAAAGAAAGACAAAGAAAAGAAAUUCUCUGAAAACAACGUCACCUGAUAAGCAAACUUCUUUACUGAAGGAACUGUCACCGACUCCGAAACAUAAACCGUCUCAUCACAUAUUGCACCCUAAAAGAUCAAUUUUAAAGACUCAAACAACUUCUUCCCAACAAGUUAAUAAAUCAAUCAAAAUAUUAAACAACAAAAAAUUGAAUGAUUCUUCUCGAUCUUCAAGCUUUGAAAAUAGACAUUUCGUGUUAGAUGAUGAUGAUUUUAGUCCUUUGUAUGAGCUAAAUGUUAAUUAUAACUCAAAUAUUGGGAAUAUAAUCAACAAACACAAUGUAAACGGUACCAUAGUUACGAAAAGAAGAAAUUCAAGUUUCGAUACACAGAAUGAAGCAUUAAAACUACAAGAAUUUGAGGAUGACGGAAACGAUCAAGAAUCUAUUUCGAUUUUAAAAAGCUAUGUUAAGUAG